UGUGUGUUCUUCAUGGGUUUUGUUUUUAAGUGAUUUUCUUCGUUGGUUUUCUUUGUUUUUUAGUGGAAGAUCAUAAAACACAUAGUGGGUGUGUGUUUGUUUCUUCCUGUGUUUUGUUUUGUUUUAUUUUGUUUGUUUUCAAGAGAAAUUAAGAUCAGAAAACACAUAGUGAGUCUGAGUGUGUGUAUGUAUUAUGGAUUCAUCAACAAAAGUAGGAAUGAAGGAGGAAGAAGAAAAGCCUCAUGUGUUGGUUGUGGAUGAUAGUUUGGUUGAUCGUAAAAUCAUGGAAAGGCUUUUCACCAACUCUGCAUGUAAAGUGACUACAGCGGAAAACGGGCAAAAGGCGUUGGAGCUUUUAGGUCAAGGAGAAGACAAACACAACAAUAUCAACCACCAAGGCCUGAAGAUAAAUUUAGUUGUUACGGAUUACUGUAUGCCAGGAAUGACAGGAUACGAUCUCCUCAAAAAGGUUAAGGAAUCAUGUGACAUAAAGGAGAUCCCAGUGAUUAUAGUCUCGUCCGAGAAUGUUCCCACUCGAAUCGAAAAGUGUUUGAAAGAGGGAGCUCAAGAAUUCAUCCUUAAACCGCUCAAACAGUCUGAUGUUAAGAAGCUAAGAUGUCAAAUGCAGUUUACACAACCGAUGAAGGGAAGGCUUUGCAUGGGAAGAUAAGUGAUCUUGAUCAGGAUCACAGGAUGUUAAUGUGUAUUGGCACUUAAGGCUUUAUUUAUGCUAAUCAGAUUCUAGCAAUAUGUAAUAGGAACGUCCGAAAGUUGCUAAAGAUAGAUUGCAAUUUAUGAAUUCUGUUAUUCUAUUUCAA